AUUGUUUUUGCCGCCGCUGCAUUUUCAUCGGAAGGUUGCGGCAAAGACCGGAAUUGCUGGUUCCAGCCAUCUGGCUGUGAAAAGAUGCUAAUUGAAACGUGUACGGGUUCGGUGCAGUGGGCAGUGCAUGAGGAUGGGGUGCAGUUCGAGUUGCAAACAACGACGCGUGGUCUGGACCCCGACAAGCCGAGUUAUGCCGCUUUAGGUAUCAGCAAAGACAUGCAUAUGGGUGACGAUUCAGUAGUGGAAUGCGUGAUCGGCGUAGAUGGCGUGGGACGAGCUUACGCAUCUGAAGUGAUGCUAACAGAUAUUGAAUCAUUUUUGGAAGAUGGGCAUAUAACUUGCCGUAUGAAGUGGUUAUUCGACAAUCGUCUACAAGUUCAAGAAGAAGAUCAGUUCAAGGUGUUCGCGUUGGAAUUCGGCAGCUGGCAUCUGCUCUUCGCGAAGGGGAAUGCCGAUAAAUGGAGCUUCGAGAAAGAAAUUCACUCGGUGAACGAUGGAUCGCUAUUUCCGUGGACCGCAGUUCAGCGCAUCAGUUUUUGUCGCGAAAAUUGCACGGCCGUAAGCGAUGCGACGAUUGGCCAAGUUGUAAUCGACGAAAUGAAGCAAACUGAUGUCAGCAGAUACUGGCGGUACCGAUUUGCCGUCAUACACGGUCUGACGCUUUCUAAUUUAUUCCAUUCCUCUGUUUCACUCCUUACACAUUUAUAUUUGGUAAGUGGGGUAUAA